ACAGCACCCAACAAUAAACAAUAAAUGGCAAGCAGUGACAUUACCGGUUCUGCAUGUGCUUAACUUGGUAGCAAAUUGUAUCGUUUAAAAGUUCAGUAUAAACGUUGGCCACGAUCACGAUAGUAUUUCUGUCAUUGUUGCUGAUCAUCAUAAUCUAAAUUAAGCAAUUCCGAAAAAGAUAAGUAUGAUGAUAUUUGACCCAAAAAUUUUAGGCGUAUUUAGACAACUCUAUGCAACAAUUGCUGUAAAUCUCGGAGUAUUCGGACUCGGAACUGUUAUCGCAUGGACGUCACCUGGACUUUCCUCCCUUUCUCAAGAUUUUGAAUUGUCUUCCGUAUCAAUAUCAUGGAUUACGUCAAUUGUAAAUAUUGGCGGGCUGAUAUCCUGCCUAAGUGCAGGCUUCGUCAUGGACAAGCUGGGACGAAAACUUUCCGCCACGUUGGCCACCAUUCCCACUCUGAUUGGUUGGUUAGUGCUAAUAUUUUCCCGCGAUGUUUGGAUGCUCUACGUCUCCCGGUUUAUUUUGGGGUAUGCGACCUCAUUCUAUGGCGUUGUUGGACCAGUUUUAGUUGGUGAAAUAUCAGAACCUAAAAUUCGAGGGAUUUUAUCAAAUAUGUACGGAAUAUUCCUAACUUCCGGAAUGCUGUUCAGUUAUGCCAUCGGAAGCUUUGUAGACUGGAAAUUGCUUUCCAUCAUAUCCGCCAUCAUUCCAGUGUUACAAUUUGUCUUGCUAAUGUUUAUUUCGGAAUCCCCGCGACAUCUAAUUCACACGGGGAAAAGAGAGAAAGCAGUCGAGUGUCUGGCCUGGUACAGGGGCACAACGAGACUGGAGGAUGUGCAGAUCGAACUGAAAUCGAUUCCUGAAGAGACUUCGAAACCUGAAAAUUCUGUCAAUUCUGACCUUCAACCAAUCUCAAUAAUCCACCGUGCCAAUGUAAUCCCGCUUCUACUUUGUGUCGGACUAGUCUUCAUAGAGCAACUGUCCGGAUUUGCUGUGAUAGUUUCAUUUACCGCAGACAUUUUUAAAUCUGCUGGUCAUACCGCGAACGGAAAUACGUUGGCAAUAAUAUUUGGCGGGUUUCAACUCCUCGCUACAGCCCUUUCCUGCCUUCUAAUCGACAAGACUGGUCGUCGUCCUCUCCUCUUGAUGGGUGAAGUUGGGAUGGCAAUUUCACUAGGUUUCUUGGGCACAUACUUUUACUUUUAUGAGAAAGAAGGGACUGUUUUACUCUCAUCGUGGGCACCUGUGAUAUGUUUGGUCGUUUACAUUGUCAUGUUCAGUGUUGGAAUUGGACCAAUAUCGACAACGCUGAUGGGGGAAAUAUUGCCACAAAGUAUUCGAGGAGUUGGAUCAGCCAUUUGCACGGCAGCUUUGAGAGGUUCCGCAUUCACGAUAACGUUUGCAUUCGACGGGGUCAAGGAGGAGGUGGGAAGUUUUGGUGUAUUUUGGACAUUUACUUGCGUCUGCAUUAUUGGAGUUAUUUCUGUGUAUUUCUGGGUGCCCGAAACCAAAGGGAAGAGUUUAGAGGAUAUUAACAGUAUGUUUGUAAAAGUUUAGUGUUGUGAUGAGUUUAUACGAAAAAAUUUAGUUUAGUAUGUUACAUAUGUACGUAAAUGUUCGUUAAAUAGGUGCAUGACAAAGAUAUGUGCAUACAUAUGCAUGCAUGAAUUCUUUGCACAAUUUUAUAAAACUUUUUAAAAUGCUUUUCGUCUGCGUCUUAUUACUGCAAAUAUUUACAUAUUUAUACACUUUUAUAAUAACAUGAUAUCCAUAAGUCACAAGACAAGAAAUAUAAUGUUAAAAUUUAAAUACGAAUUUUGAACCAAAAAACCUGAAGUCUAGAAAUCUUGUGAUAUUUCUUUGUUCAAGGCUCAAGGGCUUACUCGAACGCUAUUUCUAUGUUUCAAGUAGCCUAAAUAUAAAUAUGAAUACCUACUUUAUAAUUACUUUUUUGUGAUAUUUAUCAUUACUCAUAAUAAAUAAAUAACAUUAUGAUAAAUAUACAUAAUUCCGUGUUUAUUCAUAUGUUUUUUUCUGAUGUUAAUCAUAUUAUAUUUAAUCAGGGGCUUCUGAAAGUACGCUACAGAUAAACUAAUCUCAUUGUUUAUUUUUUGACAUAAUAUUUUGUAAUUACUGCAGCGUCGCAAUCGCAUAAUAAACAAUUCAGUCAAUUUACCUCACUAACAGUACAUACAUAAAUAAAUAUGUGCAAUAUGUAUACAUAUAGUGUUCAAUGUUCAUGCUCUUUCUCUGCAUAAUGCAUACGUGUCUAAUCUCACUGUUGAAAACGUGUCCAUAACAUUUUGUGUCUGGACUCGAUACAUUAUUACACAACUUGUUCCCAUCCUGGGUUCGUCACGUUACGUGAUUCACGUACUACUACAAAAUUCGAAGGCUGUACAUAAAGGAUACCACCGGCUUCAAUAAAGACCUUUUGGUCACAAUAACCUACAAUUUCCUACCUACUCUAACUGACUGAAUCCCUUAGAAAAUAUACCACAAGAUAAGACAAAAAUUGGCAAAAAUCUGCAAUGUUCAUUUCGUGUAGCCCCCAAAGUCCAGUAUUUCCAAGGGUGAUUCCAGCGCAUAACAAUAUCCAGUAGACUGCAUUAGGGACUGUUCAAUUAUAACGAGGAUAUUUUCGUAGGAAUUAGUGGAUAGGUGAAUAUGCAGGUUUCCAGCAUAUUUAACCUUGUAAUUUGGGUUUAUCAAUUUUUCAUGCGUAAUUUUAAAUCGGGAUAUUUUUGAUGCCGUAACAAAUGAACGUGUUAAACCAGAGCCACUUUUUUCUCCAGAUUGGUUUACGUGCCGUAUAAAAUACAACCAACUGUCAUUUCUUCACUGCCUUUAAACUCGUCUGCUUCUCCAUAGCAACUAUAACUUAGAAACAAGACUCGUACAUUUUUAUAAUUACAUAUUUUAACUUUCCAAUUAAAAAAUGGUAAAGUUACCAUGUCCCGUGUCCUUGCAAAAUGCGACCAGAAGUAUUGCAGUCAUUCAUGGCACGCUGGUACUCAUAACUGCAGGCUACUUCAUGUACACUCUGGGUGGUUUAAUAAACUCCAAAGAAGUUAGCCAUGUCCACUCUGCGAAAGGCUUGGUUUCCACAUUUAACGAAUAUUACGCCAAGUUGGGACUCGCCAAGCCAAAAUCUGUCGCCAAAAUGGGAGAGAAAGUGGCAAAAAUUUCCCUCGGAAAGGACAGCACUGCCGAUAAAAUUCUAGAUACUGGCUCAAAAGUGGAAUUCUACAGCUCAAAAUAUGUCGAUGAUCUCAAGGUUCAGCAAGAAAUUGCACUUUUACUCUUGGCCCUCAUUAUUCUUCUGCUCAUUUUCUUACUCGACGUGGAACUAUUUCAGGGAGCUAACGAGAAAACCUAUGCGCGGAUUAAUACCUGGUACCGGACCAUGUUUACCCUAGCCAUCACUGGCCUCACGGUCGCCGUUCCGGUCGUGGUGGCUGCGGUCGAUUAUGAAUUCACGUGGAAAUUUUACGCGGUAGGCGCCACAAAAGUGCUAGCCUUCGGAUACGUCCUCUGCAUCGUGAACUCGUUUAAAGAGCAAAUUAAGAGUGGAGGGGGAGGAGGUCGAGCAUCCACUGGUGGGGGUGGAAUGAAGACGAGAAGUUCCGUCAAGAAAUCUGAAUAAUGAUCAAUUCCAUGUUUGAGCAUUAAAAUUAACAACUUUGUUGUGCACUGUUUAUAAAAUUAUUUUCCAUUUUUUUAUAAAAUUAAUAGACAUCGAGUGAUAUUUUAAAUCGUUGUGCUAGUUAAUUUUAAAAGUGUGGAUCAUUUAUGCAGUUUAUUUUUAUAAAUAGUUACAAAUUACUCAGUUAGGAGUCCUAACUUAGGACAAACAAUAUGCAGACCUUAUUGCAGUUAUACAUACUUAUAUUGUUUGUUCGUUUAACGAUUUCAUAACUUAUGACUCAUAAAUAAGCACUGUCAACUGUACAUUCCAUUCACAGAAAAUAAAUAUAUGCAUAUAUGUAAA